AUGGCUGCCUCCAUAAGAAAAGCAGCCCACGACAUCGAGACACGAAAAAGGACCGACGAUGUUCUUCUGUCGGAAAAGAUUGAGUUCAGCUCGCUGCUGCUGUCUCGGGCCGUGCUGGACGGACUGUCCGCCGCGGGUUUCCACAAACCCUCCCCGAUCCAGCUCAAAGCGAUCCCGCUGGGCCGCUGCGGACUCGAUUUGAUUGUGCAAGCCAAGUCUGGUACAGGAAAGACGUGCGUGUUCUGCACCAUCGCUCUCGACUCUCUUGUCCUGGAGAAUCCAGCUACUCAGGUUCUUAUUCUGGCUCCAACACGUGAGAUAGCAGUGCAGAUCCACUCUGUGAUGAUGGCCAUCGGCUGUGCCAUAGAAGGUCUGGAGUGUCAUGUUUUCAUCGGGGGGAGACCCGUGAGUCAGGACAAACAGCGUCUGAAGAAGUGUCACAUUGCUGUGGGCUCACCUGGUCGCAUCAAGCAGCUCAUCGAGCUGGACAUUUUGUCCCCCGUCAGCAUCAGACUGUUUGUUCUGGACGAGGCCGACAAGCUGCUGGAGGAGGGCAGCUUCCAGGAGCAGAUAAACUGGAUCUUCUCCUCUCUGCCUGUCAACAAACAGAUGCUUGCUCUUUCUGCCACCUACCCAGAAUCCCUUGCUCAGUACCUCACCCGCUACAUGAAUGAGCCCACUUUCGUUAGACUCAACCCAAGUGACAUGGGUCUGAAAGGUCUGAAGCAGUUCUACAAGCUGGUGCCAUCCCACCCCCUACCUCACAAGGUUUUUGAGGAGAAGGUGCAGCAUUUGCUCGAGCUGUUCAGUAAAAUCCCCUUCAACCAAGCCCUGGUGUUUUCCAACCUACACACAAGGGCUCAACACUUGGCAGACAUCCUGUCCUCCAAAGGCUUACCUGCUGUUUGUAUAUCAGGUGGCCUGAGUCAGGACCAGAGACUGGAAGCAAUGUCCAAACUGAAGCAGUACCAGUGCAGGGUGCUCAUCUCCACCGACCUGACUUCCAGGGGUAUAGAUGCCGAGAAAGUCAACCUGGUGAUCAACCUGGACGUGCCUCAGGACUGGGAGACCUACAUGCACAGGAUUGGACGGGCUGGACGUUUUGGCACUCAGGGGAUGGCUGUGACCUACUGUUGCCAUGGUGAGGAGGAGAACAAGAUCAUGGCCAUCGCUCAGAAGUGUGGCCUCAGUUUGUCUGCUCUUCCUUCCACUUUAGAGCCUGGGUUGAUGGAUGAGCCGUGCGACUGGGACGUGUGCGCUGAGGCCUCCACUGUGUCGCAGCAGUUGCUCCGAACUGAAAAGAGGAAGCGUUCAAAGCCCCAAGUCUCCGUGUCGGAACCCGUCAAGGAUCAAGCUGUGGAGCAAAGGAGUCAAACGAAGGAAGCUAGAGCCCAGGCAGGACCCAGGAUGUCGUUACACGGUGAAGAAAUCGCAAGACAGACGAGCUGCGCAGGAGACGCCUCGCAGCAGAGCUCUUCUCGUGUGACGCCGACUCGUAAGGAGCUGCAGGACGCCCUGCCAAAGAUCCCUCCUCUCAGCUCGUUCAAGAGCUGCCGGUCGAGGUUUAUGACCUUUGAGGAGGCCCAGCGUGACUUCCAGACGUUUAUCACCACAGGUUUGGGGAGAUCAGUGGAGGUCGUCAGAGAGUUCAGAGGCGAAGACCAGAACGGGUAUAAGGAGUACAUCACACUGCACGACGAUGGAGCUCAAGAUUUAUUACUAAAUGGUGUCCAGCUGCAGUCGGACGUUUCACCUCCAAGCUCGAUAUCGGGUUCUUCUAACUCGCCGUCCGACAUGGACAUGGACAUGGACAUGACCCCCAGAGGCUCCAAUCAGCUUCCAGACGCUGAGCACAGAUCUCCUGUUCAACCUCAGCCUGACUCUACAUCCACUGCACAAAAUCCCUCUAUACCUGAAAUACAUAAGCAGACAUCCAGAGCAACAAGUGGGGGAGUUUUGUCUCCCCCCGAGAGCAGGAAGCUACGUGCUAAGACAAGCACCGAGAGCAGUCAGACCGCUCCAAGACAGACUUGCAGGGAAACAUCAAAAAAGGUGAAAAAAGAGAGCUCGAAGCUCUCGGAGAAGAUGAAAGAAGAGCCAGAGAGGGAUGAAGAAGAAGAGCGCAUGGACGUGGAGGAGGAGGAGGAGGAGUGGAGCUCGGAGGCAUAUUGGAGAGCCUGCUACAGAGCCUGGAGCGAUUACUACUCCUCCAUGUGUCUCCUUCCAGAGCAGAGGUACCAAAGCUACUACAGCGCAGCUCAUAACUGGAUGGCAGCUUAUCGAAUGAACGCAGUCUACAUGCAGGAGCUCAUGAAACACUGAGCGGACUCGCCUAAAGCAGCUUUUACUAUCAAGUGUUCGGUAAUCCAGUUGUUUUCUGCGUCUGCUUCAAGAUUAUUUGCACUUUAGGUCUAACGCAUUGAACUCAAAUUCUUUUUGUUAAAUGUAUCACAUGCAUGGUGUCGCUGUCUGGGUAACUUUAAUAAAUCACUGUGA